AAAGUGCUAUUUAUCUGGGGUUUAUGCCUGUGCUUCUGGGCAAUGUUCCAACCGAAUUUGAUCUUGACUUUGUGCCAACCAGAGGACAUGUGCAAGGACAAACGAACAUAUGCGAACAAGACCAGAGGAAAAGACAAACAAAACCAGAAGGAAUGCCCCUGCAUGGUCACCCACCCAUAUGGCACCCCUGGCCGAUCCAUUGGAAUGCACGUUCUCGAAGCGGCUUCUAAUGGGGAAUGGACAGGGCCCUGGUCUGAUGACUCAAGUAAGUGGACCGAUGAGCGGAGAGAGAAGUUGGGUCACCAGAAAUCGAACGACGGCGCCUUUUGGAUGGAAGAUGAGGAUUGCGUUCACGUCCUGAAAAGGAUCCGCUUCAACCGGACUUUUGGGCCAACUUGGCAGUGCUGUGCUCAGUAUGGACAUUUUGGCAAAGCGCCACCCUACACGGCAAUGGCCAAGAAUAGCUACCGUGCCUGUGAGGAUGAUGAGAUCAGUUUCAAGCGCGGAGAUGUCAUUGAGGUCACAAAAGUUACGGGAGAGACAUGGCUCGUGGGAGUUCACAAGGAAACAGGGAAUAAGGGAUACUUCCGAAAGAAGGAUGUGGAUCUGAGAUGUGAAGAUACCUUCAAGUACGAGCUUACGGUAUCCAAUGUCUCCCCAGAUGCUCGCAUCAUUGUCGGCGUGUUUCGCCAGAACCAGAAGAAGAUGAGGGAGUGGUACAAGCGCAGGGAUGGCAUGCACUACAAAGAUACCGACUAUCCGACGGCAUACUUGCACAUCUAUGACGCAUCCGGCAAAAGGCUUGUCAAGCACAAACUUACGGACGACGACCGAUGUGGAUGGAAAUACUUGAAACCUUCAAGGGGGCCUUUCACCAUGUACAUCGCUUGCAAAUCCACCCAACACAAGCGCUUUGCCCUCUAUGCAUUUGCUCCUCAUGGGCAAUUGCGGUGGAAGCAGCUCGAGUGCGACCGUGGGAUCUUUGCGUCGGAGGUGGGAGGAGCAGGAGGCGCGGUGGACGAAAUUCGAGAGUUUAUCUAUGAUCAAACCCACACCGUCCUCAAUGAGUACUUCCACCUGGGCAAGGAGCUUUUGAGUGGAAAUCCCGAAAUUGCUGGAAAAAUCAUGGCAGUGGCCUCUACCGUUGGAGAGAUCAUCGACGCUGAGGGAAUCCGUGAUGUAGCUGAAGAUGCGGCCGAUCAGGUCAGGACAUUGAUGAAUUCUGACGAAGUUCAAAACGUGACAAGUCAGGUUGGUGAUCAGGCUCAGGAGCUUGCCAAUCAGGUUGGCAACUUGAUGAACAGGGCUUCCUCGUGGUUUGGUUGAAUGAAACGCAUGGACCGAGACGUUCUUAAUUACAAUUAUGCAUUUAUGUCCAGUUUCCAAAGGAAAUUGUGAGCGUAUCACCUUAUGUUUUCGUUUUCGCUGAUCACGGGCAAGAAAGCUCGAUUCAGAAAAGCGCAAGCCGAGCAA